CAGACAGGUAGAUAUAUAUCCUCUCUCCUCUCUUCAUUUCUCCAACACCAAUCAUUCAUUCAUUCAUGUCCCUUCUUCAUUUCCUCUAAUCUUCUUCAUCUUCUUCUCUCUUCUCCUCUUCAAUCAUUCAUCAUCUCUGUAACAACAACAACAAUUAUUAAAAGCGUUAUGGGUCUCUUGCUUUCUAGAAAUUUGGCCUUUAAAUUCUUCUACCCUUUGUUUUUCUCUAAUAAGAAAGUUACCAAGGAUUUGUUCCCUAAGCAGUUGGAGAAUGUUAUUAGCUUGGUUUCUCCACGUACUGGCAGGCAUUUGCAGCGUUAUGACAAAGGCUGUCGUCUUGUUGUAGGAUGCAUUCCCUACAGAUACAAGAGAAAUGAAACACAGGACAAGGAAAUAGAGGUUCUUGUGAUUAGUGCUCAAAAGGGUCAUGGAAUGCAGUUCCCAAAGGGUGGUUGGGAAUCUGAUGAAUCCAUGGAGCAGGCUGCUUUAAGGGAAACCAUUGAGGAAGCUGGGGUUGUUGGCAGUGUUGAAAGUAAAUUGGGUAAAUGGUAUUACAAAAGCAAACGCCAACCCACAGUACAUGAGGGAUACAUGUUCCCUUUGCUUGUUAGCAAGGAGUUGGAUAACUGGCCUGAGAUGAACACAAGAAGAAGAAAAUGGAUUACUGUGGCUGAAGCAAAAGAAAUAUGCCCAUAUGCUUGGAUGAAAGAAGCUUUAGAUGAGUUGGUUAAUAGACAAAGUACUAAAGUUCAGCCAAAAAAGAUGGAGUUUUAAUUAAGUAGAGGUUGUUAAUUGUAGGGUGUUCCUUUGCUUUUGGAAUCUACAAAGUGGUAGUACAGAAGCAUUCACAAGAUACUAGGACAGAGAAAUUGAGAUCAAAGUGGUGAACUUGGAAACUACUGCGGCUCAUGGUUUUGGUGCUUAGUGCAUGUUUCGAUACCCGGUAGAAAACCAUGACGAGCCAAAAUUGUGGCAUAGAAGCAACUUCCCACCAUGAUUUUCAUUAAUCCAUCUUAAGAUUGCGAAUUUGUAAAAUGUAGUUGAGAUGUAGCGAUAGAGUUCAACUGGAGAUGUACAAAGUCAAAUCAAUUCAAUUCAUUCGUUUAUUCA